ACGUCGUUUUGGCUCGACAGCUGCCUCUUUUUCUUUGAUCUUUGCCACUGACGGUCCAGUUUCCGUUCCAUUUGAUCGUUCGGUCACAAUCUUCGGCUUUGGAUCUGAUGAGAGAGAUCCUGAUGGUUCCAACGGCUGAGAUAUCUGACUGGGUUUAACGGCUUGCUGGGGUUCGGCUUUAUCUGCAGGCCGUAUCGGCUUCGAGGAAACGUCGUCGGGUAUCUUGUCAGGGGCAUAUAUGCGAGACGCGCUUUCCCCCAAUGCGUCCAGUAGCGAGUUCGUAGAUGAUCCUGGGGUCUUCUGAUACGAGGGCAAAGGAAUGCGGGAUUCUCGCGCUAUGGGAGAUGUGGGAGGAGCAGCUGUCUGCGCUGGUAAUAGGGAAGGCGUUGGUGCAGGUGUCCGCACUGGGUCGGUUGCUUUUGGCGGCUCGACCGGCCUUUCAUUGGGUGGUUUCGCCGGCUGGAUUGGCUGCUUCUGUGGUUCUAUUGGCGCUGGUUCCGCGGCAGGGAGGGACGGCGCUGCCAGCGGCCUUCGUAUCCGUGGGAGAGUUGGCGACGAGUCUUUCUCUGUGUCCUCUCCGUCUGUGGAUGAAGACGCGGCGGUGUGUUCCGCCUCCCCUUCCUCCUCCUCCUCUUCAUCCACGUCUAGGGAAGAUCUGGACGCUUGCAAAGGCGGUGGAUAGCGGACUUUCAGAUCUGAACAUCGCAAGGGUUGUCAGAUGCCUGCAAAUCGUCAUUUGGACGUCUGCGACUGAAUGCGCUUACCGUUCAAAACAUUUUGGAUCUCCUCUGCCCUCUCCUCCAACGCAAUGUCCUCAGGCAGCUCGCCCUCUGAAUUAUACGGCACCAAAUCAAUCGGUCCAUCUGGCGGAUAGAACGGACUCGCGUCCCCCAUCCCCGACCCGUCAGCCCCAUCUUUCGGGCCCUUUUCCUCCACCCCUCUACACCUCCCCAACAGCUUCACAAUCUCCACAUGUCCUUCCGCACAAGCACAAUGCAGCGGCGUCCACCCCUCCACAUCCCGCAUAUUCACCUCCGCGCGUCCGCUCUCCAACAAAAGCUGCACGAUAUCCGCGUGCCCGUGCGUGCACGCCUGGUGGAGGGGUGUGAGUUCUUUCUGCGGGGUGCUGACGAGCGAGAGGUCCGGUAUGGAUGCCAGACAGUCGCGGAUUGUCUUGAGGUAGGAUUUGUCGGAGAGCGAGGCGUGUUGGCAGAGAUGCAGGAGCAGCGUGGCGUAAUCGAAGCGGACUGAGCGGGAUUUGGUCUUUGGCGCGGCGGUGGUGCUUUUGUCUUUGGGGGGUGUAGAAGUGCGGGCGAUGCUGGAUUUGCGGGGCUUGACGAGAUUCGUGAUUGAGCUAGUGAAUUCUUCAUAACUCGGCAUCGUUGGGAGGGAUGUGCGUGUGGAUUUUGCUGUGGCGGACUCCUUUAUCACCCAUG